GUAAUUCAUUCAGGUAACACAUGAGUUAAAACGCUGUGAUUUUUUAAUGUUACUCUAGUGUAAUAAAAUAAUUAAGUUUUUGAAUAUUAACUAUAGUAAUAGUUUUAGUAAAUAGUGUAAAGAAAAUAAUUUAGGAAAUUUAUAAUUCGUAAAAUGUCGGAGUCCAAAAAGCCAGAUGCCGAUAAAGGAGACAUCCAGUGGCACAUGGUACUUUGGUAUAUUCAUCUCUAUGCAUUAGGAUUGUAUGGAAUAUGGUUACUUUUAUUUCACACAUCAUGGGCGACGCUCUUUUUCACCUUGGCAGUAAUAUAUAUCGGCGGACUUGGGGUGACGAUUGGCGCCCAUCGUCUUUGGGCUCAUCAAAGUUACGAAGCUGUUUGGUAUAUUAAAUUAUUUUUUAUGCUCGCCCACACUUUAGCAGGAGUUGGACCAAUCUACGAUUGGGUCUUAGCUCACAGAAUUCAUCACAAAUAUUUUGGUACUGAAAAAGAUCCAUUUAAUCACAACGAAGGAUUUUUAUACUGUCACCUUAUUUCAAAUACAAUGACCAAGCCGCCAAAUUAUGAACAAACCGCCAAAAUUAUUGACAUGCGUGAUAUUCAUCUCGAUGGAUACGUCUGGUUUCAAAAAAAAUUCUAUUGGCCCCUAUUUUUGAUAUUUGGAAUUCUGUUGCCAAUAAACGCGCCAGCAGAAUAUUGGGGAGAAUCAAUAGCUAAUUCAGUUUUAGUACUUGGAUUUUUACGUUUCGCAGUAUUGUCAAACAUGACGUGGCUGAUCCACAGCGGAAUACUAAUUUGGGGACUUAAACCACACGAAAAAUAUCCUCCAGAUGACAAUAUGGUAUUUUUAAUAAAAAAAUCUUACUGGAUUAAUUACCAUUAUCUAUUGCCAUGGGAUUGGAAGUGCGGCGAAUACGGGUCUUAUGCCAAAGGUUGGGCGACGACUACUCUUAAAAUUUUGAAUGUUAUUGGAUUAGUCAAUAGAAUGAAAUCAGCAUCAAGUGAAAAUAUACGUGAUGCAUUAUUUGAAGCAACUGCCACGAAAAAAUCUUUUCAACAAGUAAUGGACGAUGUCAAAAAAAUAGCUGAAGUUGAAGCUGAUAAAAUGAAACUUCGUUAUCAUCAUUAAUGACACUUAAUAUUAUUUAUUUAUUUAUUAAUAUUAUUAGUUUUAAUUAUUUUUAUUGCUAUUAUCAUUAUUAUUAUUAUUAUUAUUAUUAUUUUUAUUAUUAUUAUUAUUAUUAUAAGAAAUCUAUUGUAUUUAAUAAAAUUUAUCAUUUUAA